CUCCCAGGGCCCCACGUGUCUGCGUCGCAGCAGGCCGCCCGCGGCCCUGGCCCAAUCAGCGCCCGCCAUAUCAUCACUGAGGGACGCAGGGGACUCCCCCCGGGGGAUGAUUACGUAGGGGUGCCGUUGCCAUGGUGAAACCGCCGCAAGCUGGCGGCGCAGUGCAUCGUGGGCCGCGUAGUCCGCGCAGCCCGAGCUGCCGAGGCGCCACCCGCCGGGGGACUCGACUUCCCGGCAUACCUCGCGGCGGGGAGAGCCACCCACCCCCAGCCAUGGCUUUCUCGGGGCUGUACCGCUGGCAGCGCCUCGGCGCCGCGGCCCGGCCUAAGCCGAAGUUCAAUUCUGACAGUGUGGAGUACUGGAUCAAGAGAGUGGAACAAGCCUCUGAGUUUGCUGUUUCUGAAGCUUUUUCCCUUAACAAGUCAGCAUACCGUAAAGGUCUACAUGGUCCUGUGUUGGAUCUGGAAACAACAGAGCAGCUACAGGAUCAUGACGAGGCCUAUGCAGAAGCCCAGGAGCUGCUCAAUGAUUGGAUGAAUUCCAAACUGAGACUGGAGCUGGCAAGUGACAUAGAAGAGGUUGUUGGAGAGUCUGCAGGAGACUCUAAUCCUUCUAAAGCGCCCCUGGUUGGCUUUAUGAAGUAUGAGCGGUUUGAUGACUUGUGUGGCUAUCUGGAACAGGAGUUGGAGAGCACUACUGUUCAAGACUUUCUGCACCAUCUUUUACAAAGUGAAAUGGUGGACCAUGGUAUACUGAAAGACCUCCGGAUUGAAGACCUCAAGGAAAAACAAAAACCAAGGGAUCCACGAGUUACUAUGGAGCUUAGGCACAAGCAGGUCAAGGAAAACCGCAUAAAACGUCAGAAGGAGCUAGAGCUCCAGAGGCAAGAGAAGGCCCUGAAGAAAUUAGCUCUGUCUGAGGCUAAACAGCUAGUGCAGGAGGAGAAUAGAAGGAAGGACCUGAAGGCAAGGAAGGAAGAGGAGGAGAUCCAGAGAGAGAUGGUGAAGUUGCGGAAGGAAAUGGCAGAGAAGAGGCACAUCAUGGGAGAAGCGCAAGGAAUGGAGAGGCAGAGGCAAAAAUCAGUAAAAACCCAGAAGCCAAUGGUGGCAGAACAGACACCAACCCCCUUGGAUCAGGAGGAAGAGCAAGGAAAAGAAAAACAGAGGAAAGUGAAGGAGUGGCUGACCAGGAUUCAUAUACAGAACCAGCGAUGUCUACAGCAGCAUUUCUCUGCAUGGUUCAAGCUCGUUUUGGAGCACAGGAUUAAAAUGGGGAAAGCCAGGGCCCUCGCUGACUGGAAGUGCCAGCUGAAGGCCCUACGAGCCUGGAGAGACUAUACUUGGGCCCAGAAAUUGGAGCAGGAGACUCGGAAGUUGGAGACUCAUCUCAGGGAUCAAAACAGGAAAAAACAGUCUGCCUCUGAGUAUAAUCGGAGACGGGUUUUGCAUUGCUGCUUUGUAGAGUGGCAGCGCUGGAGCCAAGCAGAGGCAGAAAAGAGGGAGCUACAGUGGAGAAAAGAGGAGACCAGGAAGAGGAUGGAGCAUCUGCUGGAGGCAGUAUUAUUGGGGAAAAUAGGCCCAGAUGGAUCAUCCCAUGUUAGCAGGGCUGGGGCAAGAAAAAUGACCCAAGAUCAACCCAAGAGGCAAAAAAAGGUGACUGAAACACCACUUCAAGAGGCGCCCAUGACAAGUGUAGAACCUUGCUGCUGGGAGGCUAGCCGGACACUUCAUCUUCAUUUGUGCCAGAAACUCAAGCACCCCAGACCGAUCGCCUUUCAGCAUACUGCUCUGGAUGUGCCAGGCCAGGGUGAGCCUAGCAGUCAAACAGUCCCUCCUACCCAGUGGUCUGCAGCACCUGGGCACAAAAUGGCCUCUGCUGUCAGAGGUCGCUUUGAGCACCGCCAUGCCUUUCAGCAGCAGCUGAUUGAGGAGCAGAAGAGGCAGCUGCAAGAACAGCGGGAGCUGAUCCUUGAACUUCAAGAAGAGCAGAGGCUGAGGAGAGCUAAGGAAGAAGCUGAGCAAGCCACAGUGGUCACCAGGGCACUCAAUAAUCUGAUCCCAAAAGCAGGGGAGGAAAAGCUGAAGCAAUCAAGCUGCAAGAAUAUGGCACCUUUAAGUUCACCUGUCCCUUGGGAACCAGAGAGCCCAAAGCCAGCAGCAGCUCAGAACAAGAGGAACCAGAGUCGGCUGGUCUUGGCCCAUCCCAUACUGAAAGCCAUGGAAGAGAGAGCAGUUCAGCGAGCUGAACGGAGGAGGAAACUGGAAGAGGCAAAGAGAAAACGAGAGGAGGAAAAACUGGCCCAACUGAAGGCUGAAGAAGAAGAACGUCAGAGAAAGGAGGCUGCAGAAAAAGAGGCCCAGUUGGAGAAAAGGCGAGAAGAGAAGAGACAGCAGAAACUGAAAGAACUGGAGAAGCAGAGAAGGCUGGAGAGAGAGCAGCAGCUUCAUACACAAGCCAGAACACAUUAUGAGAAGGUCCUGCUGAGAAAGUUGGGAUUAGAUCCCUGGAAGAGGCUGAGAAAACAAGCCCAGGAAAACAUAGUGGUGGCACAAAGGCACCACUGCUUGGGGCUCCAAAGGAAAUGCCUGCUUGCCUGGCUCCAACACACACAGGAGAUCCUCGCUGGGAAGAUGGCUCGAGCUGAGGAGUUCUGUUCCUGCAUGCUACUCAGAAGGGGCUUCAGGAGCUGGUUAAAGUACAAGGAUUCCCUCUCUACUCUGGAGGAGAAAGCAAGCAAGUUUCAUGCAGCCUCCUUGAAGAAGUUGUUCUUCUGGGCAUGGUUUGAUCUAGUCAAUGAGGAAAAGACUGCAUUCUGGGAAAAGCAGAAGAUUGCAGCUGAGCACAACAACAGGAGAAUGACUCUGACAAUGUUCCAUGCCUGGAGACAAUACCCAGCCCUGAUGAAGGAGGAAAGAGAGAAAGAGGCAAGGAGGGAGCAGCUGCGGCGGAGAGUCGCUGAAAUUCUCCCCGACUUCUGCACAUGACAAACUAGGGCAGAACGGGGACAGAAGAGCAGCUUCUAUGAUGAGCAGAACAAACCCAAGAGGAAGGCUGUGUUUGUAGGGGUGCAAGCUCAUAUCUGAGGGACCCAAGCUCUUCCCCAUGUGGGGCAGGAGGGGUGGUAGGCUGAUGGAUAACCUACCAGAACCUCUUUCUGGUGCUUCUGUUUCCAGACAGAGCGUAACGCUGGCAACCAGGCUGUUGGCUUUGCUUUCUGCCUUCUGAGCCCCACAAUAGAACAGCAACACCUUGCUUGGUAGGUAGCAAGACAUUGUGCGGGAUAAAUUCCAGCUGAAAUGCAGUCCACAUGGGGAUUGUUUUUGCUGUAGUUAGACUCUGGUUGUAGAAGUGAGACUCAAACAUCUGCCCUAAGGAAAAGCCAGCCCAGAACCAAAACGUGCCUUUAUAUCCUGGAGCAGAGUCCUGGGUACCUUUCUGUAGCCCAUAUCCUCUAUGGAGGUGACACGCUGUGGCUGUAUGCAAGGAUAAAUAAACUGAGUCCUUUGACAAUCCAAGACAGCAGUGUCAUUGAACAGCCCUUGUGCUGUGGAACUGCACAGAACCUAGCCCAUGAGGGAGAGCUGCUAAAACCUGUAGACACAGGGUCUGGGGUGAGGAAAACGGUACCCUUUAUGACAGCUAACAUAAUUCUAUACAUGCCACCCAGCACUUGUGUAGAAAUUAUGGUAAUUAACUGAGGGUUGACCCUAUAGCCCAGCGCAGUGUUAUGUAGAGGUACCUGAGCUAGCUCUGAACAAGCUGCUUCAGUCCCAGAAGCAACGUAGCCAUGUCAGAGCGGUGCCAUGUAUACAAGGGCUAGUAUAUCCUGCAUGGAGUGUUGUGCUAAUGUAGGUAAGACUCCUGGUUCCUCAGGAAGCUUGUUCAAAUUAGCCUGGAUUUAAAGAUGCAUAUGGAGGAGGAUUCAGCUAUGAAAGUCUAACACCUAGACCUCUAGCCUAGGACAGGGCAAAUUGCACUUUUAAUUCGCCCGGUACAGCUCAUGCUAAAGCUUAGGCUCCCCACUGAGGCUAUAUUUGAGCAUGUUUGCCCUGAAUACAGCUGGCCUUUUGUUGAUUAAAGGCUUUUAACUAGAAGCUAUUUCACAGGAUUUACUAUUGCAUGUAACCACCUAGUUGAAAUAAGCCUAUAACACAGGAGUUAAAACUGAGUGAAGAACCAAUCUUCUAGAGCAGUGGUUCGCAAUGGUGGGCUGUGGAGGUGCUAUGGGUCGGUCACAUGGGCUGAUACUGGCAGGGAAGGAGUCAGGUGAUCCCCCUGCCUCUGCAAGUGGUCCCCUAGGUUGCAGGGUUGCCAGCUGUCCAUUGGACGCUUGGUAAAAAGCCAGGCUAAAAAUGCCUGUCUGAAAAAUUCAUUAAAAAAAUUGAACCAUUGGAGGGACUAAUCUACUCAGGUGCAACGAUCCUCAAGUUAUAUGCUCAUGAAGGAAAUUUCUUUUGAAUUCCCCUCAAGACAGUCUUAUAGGCUGGGUAGCCAAGUUCAAGGCAUAACAACCAGAGCUGAGCCUGUCCCUUUUAUCACCCAGGCAAGUGCCCUACACCUGGCCUUGGCCUUUAGGCCUCUCCAUAUCUUUCAUGAGAAAGAAAUGCCAUACUAUCUUCAAGAUCAUACAUACGGAGAAUUCAGUUUAGAUUAAAGGUUCCUCCAUGAUACAGCUAUAAAGACUGCACAACCUGUGCCUAGCCAUGAGCACAAGUGAGUCCCCAUUUAUCUUCCCUUUGUUAGUAACUUUAACCUUCAAAAGGAAUUAACUCACCCAAGAUAUAGGAGACCCAGGUUCAGGACCAUGCUGUCAUUCAGAAAAUCCACAUCCCAGGCAAGUACUCUAGUCACCUGUUUACACCAUGGUAACAGACUCUAUAUUUUGGAAAAAAUCUUUGCCAAAAAAAAAAAUUGUAAUAAAAAAAAAAACAAACACCCAAGUUUUAUUCUAAUGCAAAACAAAGCCAAAAACUAAAACUUGAGGAAAAAAUUAAGUAGAAUUCCUAUUUUCUAAACAUACCAGCCAAUCUCUCUCUCUCUAAAAAUUACCUCUUGAGUUGAAAAUACCGUAGGCCAGUAAGUAACUUUCAGUCACCAUUGGCUUUACUGAGCCUAAAUGGAAAUGUAGGUUUUUGGAAUACAGCAGAAUUGCCCUGAAGCAUGCAGUUGCCUUGUAAGGCAAUAGGGCAGGGGUCAGCAGCCUUUUCCGGCAGGGGGCCAGAAUGACCCCACUUGGGUCCGAGAUGAACAAGCACUUGGACCUGGCCACCACUGUUACUCCCCCCUGCCGUGUUUUAGCACAGGGAGAACUCCCCUUCUAUCAAGGCCCAGGAGCCUGGCUGCAGCAUGAGCAGAGUCCCUUGCUGCUGAAACCAGCUGGAUCUGGCCCGUGAGCUAUAGGUUGCUGACCCCUGCAAUAGAGGAUAUAUUAACCAAGACCAUGCCAUAGAUAAUAGAUAACUGUUUAUUUGAAAAUCAGAACUGCAUCCAUCUCAACAUGCUGGCCAUGUUACGAAGUGGACGCAUAACACUUCUUUCAAUAAAGCUCACAAGUACAGCAUUUCAUGUUAGGAUUCCUCCCAAAACCUAGGGAUGAAAAAACCUACCCAACACACUCUUAAAUAGAAACAAUUUUUUUUAGAUCUUGUAUCCUUCACUGUAUCAUUAAAAACAGUUCCAUAAAGACACAAGCUCUUGAGAAGUCCAAUUUGCAAUUUCAGGAAGAACCUCAUCUGCUUCUUGCAGGAUCAUCGCUUUACAAGCAUUCUGGGGCUGGAAGAAAGUCUUAGGGAGCCGAAAGCUUCACUGAAAACAGUAGAAGGAACUGUUCAUGACUGCACGCAAAAACACACAUACACAAAUGCAUGUAUGCUUCCUGCCCUAAUAAGGCAAUAUACAUUCAUAGAGAAUCAUAUACUCAAUGACUUUCUUAAGAUACUAGGCAGUGAGGCAGUAUCCACUCUAGAGAAAAAAAAAAUUUGCUGUAAAAGGUUAAGACACUUGAAACAAUCUACAUUGAAAAAAUAAAAGCACCAUUACAGCAUGGAGGCAGAAAUGUGUUUAGAAUCACUGGCAGUGGCAAUUCUUGAUCAGCAGUAACUUCAGUCAUUUGAAAAAAAAAAAAAAAUACCCCUAAAGGUUAAGUGGUGGGGAUGGGUUACCGACAGUUCUAGGACUGGUCUACAAGAGUGUCUACACAGAACAAACACAUGGUUGAGAAGACACAGUUAAGGCAGAAUGCCAAGUUAUCGCUCGCAACAUGCAGCUAGUGCAUCAGCAGCACUGAAUUCACCAAAUAGGGCACUAGUAUUUGUGCAUGGGUUUGAUACCACAACAGUAGGCGAGUGUUAUGAGAGCCUUGGCAGACAAGGUUCCUUGGGUGAAUUUGAUAUCUUUUAUUAGACCAACCCAAAUGGUUGGAGAAUAGUUAUUAAGCAAGCUUUCGGGUUCAAAAACCCUUCGUCAGGCUCAGGAAGCUGCAGCA